UAUUUGAUUAGGCCGUGAUUGUGUGCGAUAUAAAAAGGGAGAUUUCACCACCCGUUCAAUUCGAAUGUAAUAAAUGUUUGAAUGAAGACAUGCUGGUGCAUAACGCAAGUGUCAUUGCGGCUGCACAAAUCAACGCUAAUGUUGUCGAAACGGGGGUGCGGCUGCUGGGAUGGAACGUCCCAGCAUCCGAAUUAAUUCACAUUCCCGUCCAUUGGCUGUCCUACCCGGAACCGGAGGCCUCCAUCCACUACCUCCUCGGCUUGCUGUACAUAUUUAUGCUGACCAUGGGCAUCAUCGGAAACGGAUUAGUAAUUUGGAUUUUUUCGACAUCGAAAAGUUUGAAAACCGCCUCCAAUAUGUUCGUAGUCAAUCUGGCCUUUUGUGAUAUUAUUAUGAUGAUGAAAAUGCCCAUUUUCGUUUACAAUUCGUUUAAUCGCGGUUUCGCCUUGGGACACGUUGGAUGCCAAAUAUUUGGAUUUGUUGGAUCCUUAUCGGGUAUUGGUGCCGGAAUGUCGAAUGCCUUUAUCGCCUACGAUCGGUACGCGACUAUUUCGAAUCCGCUAGAAGGGAAAUUAACUCGCACAAAAGCCUUGAUGAUGAUUUUCAUAAUUUGGUGCUAUACAUUCCCAUGGGCUGUACUGCCUAUGUUCGAGUUUUGGGGGAGAUUUGUUCCAGAGGGAUUCCUUACCUCGUGCUCUUUUGAUUAUUUGACCGACACAUUCGACAAUGAUAUGUUUGUCGUUGUUUUGUUUAUAUGCUCUUACGUUAUUCCAAUGGGACUUAUCAUUUAUUUCUACAGUCAAAUUGUGAAAGAAGUUAUGCACCAUGAGAAGGCUUUGCGUGAUCAAGCCAAAAAGAUGAAUGUAGAAUCUUUGAGAAGCAACCAAGCCGCGCAAUCUCAAUCGGUUGAAAUCAAAAUUGCCAAAGUUGCCAUAAUGGUGUGCUUCCUGUUUGUUGCUUCUUGGACACCAUACGCAGUUCUUUCUUUGAUUGGAGCUUUCGGCGACCAGUCACUUCUCACUCCAGGGAUUACUAUGAUACCGGCGUUGACGUGCAAAUUUGUCGCGUGUCUAGACCCAUACGUAUACGCUUUAAGUCACCCACGUUACAGAAUGGAACUCCAAAAGAGAUUACCAUGGCUGGCAAUUAAGGAAGAAGGAGUAUCCGAUGCUCAAUCUAUGGUUACAACCACCACGGCAGGAGUUACGGCGCCUGCUACGACCGAACCGGCUGCGACGGCGUAGAGGAUUUACUAAACAAAAAAAACUGGACCAAGCGCAAUGGAUAAAUGGAUCUGAAUCUGACUUUUCACCAUUCACUUACCACAACCUUUAUGUUGUUAGAGAUAAUUGUAAAUACAAUUGUUUUCAUUCAUACAUUCUGAAUAAUUCCUGAGCAUAACAAUACAAUUGUUGCAAUCUG